AUGACGAGUAAAGCUGGGAAUGGGUUCGUUUCAGUUGGUGUUGAUAGCUUUGCGAGGAAUCUGCUUAUAGGAUUCUACUCAAAGAGCCAUUCACGGAAGGAGUUGAAUGUGGAUGACCAUUAUUGGAAAUCAAAUUCAUCGAAUGCGCCAAGAUGGAUGGAUGUGACAUUUGUGAGCACUGCAGUUGCUGUUUAUCUUGAUAAAACAGUGGACAUAAACUUCUACGAUGAGAUAUUUUCUGGGUUAACCAAUCCUAAACAUCAAGCUAAAAUGAGAGACAUUCUAGUUUCCCUUUGUAAUGGGGCAGUGGAAACAUUUGUGAAGACAUCUCAUCAAGCUAUGGCAGCUUCCAAAUCAAUUUCUGCUUGUUCAAUUGUUGAUGAAAGCAAUGGAUGGCUCUCAUGUGUGUCGUCGACUUUAGCAGUGCCACACAAUAGGAGAUUUGUGCUCUAUGUGACUGGCAGGGUGAUAUUUGAAACUGCUAAAUCCCUCGUGGAGUUCUUUAUGUGGCAGCUGUCAGAGAGCUUGAAAAGAAAUGCAAGUGUCAUUCACCAAGAAUUUGUGGAGAGAGGGCCGGAUGUCGUAACUUUUGUUGGUGCUAAAUCUUCUGUUAUUCUUACAAUAUGCCUUGCAUUGUUUUUACAUAUUCUUGGUUGUACCCACGUGUUAUGGCCUGCAUAA